AUGUUGCAGCAGCAUCAAAGAAAGCCUUGUCCAAUAGAGCGCAGGCCUAGAAUGCUCCUCAAAGAUUUCCUCAAUGAGAAUUCUAACUCAUGUUCUUCAAGUGGGUUCAAAUCAUUCCCCAGAAAACAAUCACCAUUCAAUCCCAGGAGUCCCCAGAAGAACCUCAUUGAAUUUGAUCCAAAACCAACAAGUUCAAACUCAAAAAAUAACCCCACCAUUACCAGCAAAUUACUCAGGAGCAGAUCAAAGGCAGCCUCCACCACAAUCUCAGCCUUCCAGUCCCUCAUGAAUGCGAGCUCAUCAAGGAAGCAGUGUCAAAACCAAGUCCAAAUUACUGUGAGAGUCAAGGACAUCAUACGGUGGACAUCGUUCCGCGAUGAAAUGCUACCUCCACCUCCACCGUUGGAUUAUGCUUCUUCACCCCUCCAUUGUACCACAAGCACCACCAUAACAGGGUCCACAACUACUACUUGUACAACUUGUAGCAGCAGCAGCAGUGGGUCAAGCUGGUGUGACAGUGAUUUUACCGCAGAGUUUUUACCGUCAUGGGUUUGUAGUAACUCUGACCCUCAAGCUGAUGAGGACGGUGGUAAAAAAUAUUUACCAUGUGUCGGCAAGGAUUUCAUGGAGGAGAAGGCAUCAACGACAGGGACAGGAAGUUGCAAUAUUGCUUUGGGACCCCAGGUUGAGGUGCUGCUGGGUGAUGAAGAUGAACAGCACAGCCCAGUUUCAGUGCUUGAUUUUCAAUUUGGGGAAGAUGAAGAAGAUUCAUUUUCAAGUACUUUUGAUCAAAGCCUUGCCAAUGUGGGUGAUGAAGAUGAAGAAAUGGCCGUGGAGCUGUUGAAUUAUGUCAAAGCAACUAGCUCUUCACCAGACAGCUGUGAGAAAGGCCAGUUGGAAGAUAAACUGCUGUUGGAUUUCUUUAGAGAAGAAAUGAGUGUCCAGAGAAAUCAAAGUGAUGAUGGAUUUAAAUGGGAGAUGGUGAGCAAAGCAAAAGCUUGGGUGAGUGGAGAACACAAUGAACUUGAGUGGGGGCUAGAGCACAAGAAGGAAGCUUGUGUUAGAGACAUGCAUAAAGGAGGGAGGUGGAACAAGUUUGAGUAUGAGCAAGAGGAGCUGGCUUUAGAAAUUGAGACUGCCAUGUCAGAUUUCUUGAUGGAGGAGCUUCUGGUUGAUCUCUUAUCAAGUUAA